AUGGCGUCCAAACUUGAAGAGGACCUCACCUGUCCAGUGUGCUGUGACAUCUACAGGGAUCCUGUCAUGUUGACCUGCUCUCACAGUGUGUGUAAGGCCUGUCUGCAGCAGUUCUGGGAGAAGAAGGGAUCCAGAGAAUGUCCCUACUGCAGGAGGAAAUGCUCAAAAGAUGGCUAUCCUCCCAAUCUGGCAUUAAGGAACCUGUGUGAGACCUUCUUACAGGAGAGGAGUCAGAGAGCUUCAACCGGGUCUGAGGUGGUGUGUUGUGAGCACGGUGAGAAACUCAAGCUCUUCUGUCUGGAGGAUAAACAGCCUGUGUGUUGGGUGUGCAGAGACUCCAAACAGCACACUGGUCACAAGUUCAGUCCUGUCAAUGAAGCAGCUCUUGACCGCAAGGAGGAGCUGAGGACAGCACUGCAGCCACUACAGAAGGAUCUGAAAUCAUUUGAGGAGGUGAAGCUCAUCUGGGAUGAAACAGCACAACACAUCAAGACUCAGGUUCUCAACACAGAGAAGCAGAUCAAGCAGGAGUUUGAGAAGCUUCACCAGUUUCUACGAGAUGAAGAGGCAGCCAGGAUAGCUGCACUGAAGGAGGAAGAGGAGCAGAAGAGUCAGAUGAUGAAGGAGAAGAUUGAGAAGAUGAGCAGAGAGAUCUCAUCUCUUUCAGACACAAUCAGAGCCAUAGAGGAGGAGAUGGAAGCUGAUGAUGUCUCUUUCCUGCAGAAUUACAAGGUCACAGUGGAAAGAGUCCAGUGCACACUGCGGGAUCCAGAGAAGCUUUCAGGAGCUCUGAUCAAUGUGGCAAAGCACCUGGGCAACCUGAAGUUCAGAGUCUGGGAGAAGAUGCAGGAGAUUGUUCAAUACACUCCUGUCACUCUGGAUCCCAACACUGCAAACCCACAUCUCAUCCCGUCUGAGGAUCUGGCCAGUGUGAGACUUGGUGAUGAGAGACGGCAGCUUCCUGAUAAUCCAGAGAGAUUUGACGUGACUGCCUGUGUGCUGGGCUCUGAGGGCUUUAACUCAGGGACACACUGCUGGGAUGUGGAGGUUGGGGAGAGUAAUGAUUGGUUCCUGGGUGUGAUAACAGAGUCUCUGCAUAGGAAGGGACGUAUUAGCGGUCUCAGUGGCCAGUGGGUAGUGGGGUGUGUUGAUGGUGAAUAUGCAGCAGCUGCGCCACCUCAUGGGACUGCCCUCAGAGUGCAGCAGAGACCCCAGAGGAUCAGAGUGCAGCUGGACUGGGACAGAGGAAAGCUGACAUUCUCUGACCCUGAUAAUAACACACAUAUACACACUUUCACACACACUUUCACUGAGAAAGUGUUUCCAUCCUUUGUAUUUAAUCCAAACUCCUCUUACAGGAUCCUACCAGUGAAAUGUUGUAUAAGUCUGAAUCCUCGCAGUUAG